AUGUCGUCCGCUCUCGCCUCGGGCAGCCAGCAGCGGCUUCGUCCCGACAAGCUCGUCCUCGCCACUCCCGGCGGCAUCCCCAGGCUCUCGGCAGACCAUCCGCUGCUGGCCAAGGACAAGGUGCCAGAGCUCCUCGACCAGUACCGCCCGCUCUUUGCCACUCCGCUCAAGCUGCAGGCCAUCGUCCUCGAGGCGCGCCAGCUCGGUAGCGUGCUCAACAACCGGGCCGUCGUUCCGCACUUUUUCAACGCCGUCGGAUAUCGCCACGUGCGCCCUCACCCGGGCGGCGACGCCAGCCGCCGGAUCGUCGUGCUCAACGUCCAGCAGGGCCAGCCCUUCCCUGCAGACCUCGAGGAGCAGGUACAGAGCCUCGGCUUCGAGCGCAUCCCCUUUGACGUCGAGCUGGGCUGGGAGAACCUCUCGUCGGAUGCGGUGCUCGAGGCCAUGCUGCCGGCCGACAUUGUCGCAUCCGAGGGCGUCCCCACCGGCUUCACCAUCGUCGGCCACAUUGCCCACCUCAACCUCAUAGAGCUCUACCUCCCCUUCCGCUACCUCGUCGGCGCCGUCAUCCUCGAGAAGAACGCCACCUCGAUCCGCACCGUCGUCAACAAGCUCGACUCGAUCGACACCCAGUUCCGCUUCUUCAAGAUGGAGCUGCUGGCCGGCGACGACGACUACACCGCCCACGUGUCCGAGAGCGACUGCAGCUUCACCUUUGACUUCCGCACCGUCUACUGGAACAGCCGCUUGCACGGCGAACACGCCAGGCUCAUCCGGCGCUUCCGCCCCAACCAGGUCGUGGCCGACGUCAUGGCGGGCGUCGGGCCGUUUGCCGUCCCCGCAGCGAAAAAGGGCGUGUGGGUGCUGGCCAACGACCUCAACCCCAAGUCGUACGAGUCGCUCUGCGCCAACGGCAAGGCCAACCACGUGCUCGAGUCGACCCAGGACGACGCCGACGGGGCGCGGGACAACAACAACCUCGACGGCGGCCUCCUCGCCUACUGCCAGGAUGGCCGCGAGUUUAUCCGGGAGAGCGCCAAGAUGGCGUGGGAGAGGUCGUUCCGCGGUCGGCCCGUCGGCUUCGGCAUGGGCGAGAGGGGAGACGAGGCGCUGCGGGAGCAUGCCAGGAAGGCGAUCAAGGCUCGGCAGAAGGCCAAACGGGCCGAGCACGCCAAGCGGCACGAGCAGAAGCUGGCGCGUGCCGGCGUCGACGACAAGGCAGUCGAAGCGUCGACCCCAGCAACCGGGCCAGCACCACCACCGCCGCCGCCGCCGCCUGCCGACGAGAUCGAGCGCCACGCUCCGCGCAAGCUCAUCGACCACUUUGUCAUGAACCUGCCAGCCUCGGCGCUCGAGUUCCUCGACGCCUUCCGGGGCCUGUACACGUACCUGGCCGCCGAGACAUCGACGGCGUCGCGAAGGUCGAAUCGUUUCCUCCCUACGCGGCCCGGCACCGACGACGACGACGACAACGGAGAGGGCGCAAACGGCACAACGACGACGACGACGACGACGACGACGACGACGACGGUACAGACGACAAAGGAGGAUCUGGAUCGCAUCGCCCACUUUAAGAGUACAGAGGAGCUGAUGCACUUCCUCGAGGACGAGUUCCGGCGCGCCGGGCUCGAGGCAUCGCCCGACCUCGAGGUGCACUACGUCCGCGACGUCGCGCCCAACAAGCAGAUGUACUGCGUCAGCUUCCGGCUCCCUGCCGAGGUCCUCUUUGCCAACCCCUAG